AUGCUUUCCAUACCCGAGUUGAGGGAAGCUGCGAGGAACGUUGCCCAAGCGGGCCCGAAGGGGGUUGAGGCGUGCAGCAGCAGCAAUGGCACGGCGGACGGCGCCUUUUUGGUGGAGAGCCGCCCGCUGGGCCUUGGGAACUCCGUUGGUGCUUUCGAGCUGGAGUGCGCCUACGACACCCCUCCUGUCUCCUACCUCGGCCCGUCCCUCUGGGCACUGUUCGUGCUCGUCGUCUACUCGCUGCUCGCGCUGGCCGUGUGGGCCGUGUGCUGCCACCUCGUGCGACUAGAGCGAGACUAUCAGCGCAUGCAGCGACUCAAAGACAGGAUGAAGGCGGCCAAGCAGGUUGCAGAGCAUGCUGCCAAGGCCAAGAGCAACUUCCUGGCUGUCAUGAGCCAUGAGCUGCGCACACCACUGAACGCCGUUAUAGGCAUGAUGAAUCUGCUGGUGGACACGCCCCUAGACGCCACGCAGCUGGAUUAUGCCGAGACGGCUCGCACCAGCGGGCGGGCGCUCGUGUCUCUCAUCAACGACAUCCUCGACCUCUCCAAAAUCGAGGUGCGCUCUUCUGAUAACCGAGGGACACCCUUGCAGGGGGGGCGGCACUCGCACCAGUGGGCGGGCGCUCGUGUCUCUCAUCAACGACUUCCUCGACCUCUCCAAGAACGAGUUAACAUCAUGAGCUCCCGUGUCCUUCCGUCCGAGUAUCCCGUCCUUAAUGCCGACGAAAUCGAUGGAGAGGACAAGGCAACAUGCAACUAUUGUCCUCCCAAGAGUGUCGAUGGCAUCAUAUCCGUGAAGGGCGGUUCUACGACGGCGAUGCGGAACCACGCCAAGUCGAAGCAUGCAAAGGAACUUGAAGGAUUACUUGAUGUGCUCAACCCGCAAGCGACCAUUCCUUCGCGCAAAACGAUCUCAAGCGACUUGACAGCCAAAUAUGAUGAGUACGUGGGUAAACUUCGAGCAUACCUUCAAGCACUUCCUUCCAACAUUGCAUUCACUUGUGAUAUUUGGACGGCACCCAACACUCGUGCGUACAUGGUUAUCACGGCACAUUUCAUUGGCAAGGAUUUCAACAACGUGUCGUGCGUGUUAAACUUUAAGCUUUUGGAGGGGAGUCACACGGGAGAGGCUAUUAAGAAUGCAUUCACGGAGACGGUUUAUGAUGAGUGGGGACUUGGGGAGAAAGUGAUGGCAAUCACGUGGGAUAACGCAUCAUCUAACGAUCGUUUCAUCAAUCUUCUUGUGGAUGAGAAGGGGUUUCCGAGUGCAAGGCAGAUGCGGUGCUUUGCACAUGUUCUCAACCUCGUCGUUGAACAACUCUUGAAGGAUGACAAGGUUGAUGCGGCUCUCAAGAAGGUUAGGGCAUUCGCCGUUCACAUUCGGGGAUCCCCUUUGCGUAAGGGGAAGUUUGCUAACCGUUGCAAGGAGAAGGGUUUGGGCCAUGUCAACUCCAUUGCUUCGGAUACGCCGACAAGGUGGGGGAGCACCCACAACAUGCUUGUUCGAGCGCGACUCAUCCGACCCGCCAUUGAUUCCUACUUGGUGGGAGAAGUAGCGGAGGAUGUGGAAAAAGAGCUCAAAAUGAAGGACGAGGAAUGGGAAUCUCUUAGAAUCCUCGACAACAUUCUUGCACCUUUUGCGGAGGUUACCACGGUGUUAGAGGGAAGCUCCUAUCCUAGUGUGUCCCUAUGUAUCCCACUUAUAAACAUUCUAAUGGAUAAGAUGGAGGGGUGGACGAGGGAAGGUGGGCAGUUCUCGGAAGCGUGCAAGAAUGGCCUUGAAAAGCUCAAGGACUAUUACGAUCGUUCUUCCGAGGAGUACACGGUGGCUACGCUCCUUGAUCCAAGGGCGACCGUUUCCAAGGGCCAUGAGGAGCAAUGUGUGCGUUUCACCUGCACCCUCUCAACCCUAAGACCUUCCCAGGCCAACCGCAUGGUGCUGGGAAAGGCGCCCCUAGGUAUUCGGAGGGACGUUGACGAGGCCAAUCGCAUGGUGCUAGAGAAAGCCCCUCUAGACAUCAGGAGGGAUGUGGACGAGGUGCUGACCAUGUUUGUGGAGCGAUUCAGGGAGAAGCCGCAAGUGGAGGUGGCAGCUUAUGUCGACCCCUCCGUGCCACAGCUCGUGCUGGGGGACUCACUCCGGCUCCGACAGAGCGCGGCAGGUGGCAGGACGGGAGGGGCGGAGGAGUGGCUGGGGUGUGCUGGGGGAGGGGGUGCGUGGCGGACGUCCAUAGAAUGGUCCCCUGUGAUGGUGGGGAGCAGUAGGGGGGGUGCGAGGGGGAGCACCAGGAGCGGUGGAGCGGAUGGGGGGAAGAGGGUGCUGAGCCGGAGGGGAACUGGGAGUUCUGUUGAGAUGGAGAAAGUGGGGGAGGGACUUAAGGGAAGUCCUUCUUUGGGUGCUGGUGGUGGUUCUGCGGCUGCGUUGGCUGCUGCUUCGUCCUCGGCUUCCCUUCCUGCGUUGGCUCGUUCCAACACCCCCACCUCUGCUGCCCGCUCCGCCACCCCCACUGCAUCAUCACCAGCAGCAGCAGCAGCAACAGCAGCAACAGCAGCAACAGCAGCAGCAGCAACAGCAGCAGCAGCAGCAGCAGUGACAGAGCUGUACCCAUCGCUGGCAGCAAGCACGACGCUGAAGGAUACAGGCGUGGGCAUCCCCUACGGGGUGCAGCGGCACAUUUUCAAGCCGUUUGUGCAGGCAGACGCAUCCAACACACGCACGCACGGCGGCACGGGCAUCGGUCUCGCCAUCUCGCGCCAGCUCGUGAAGCUCAUGGGCGGGCAGCUGACUUUUUCCAGCCGCCCGGGGGUCGGCACGACGUUUUACUUUGAUAUUGUGGUGCCGUGCGCGAGCGCUGCAGAGGAGGCGGAAGCUGCUGCGGCGGCUAAUACCCCGAACGGCCGCGGCGGGAUGGGUGGGUUUCCGGGGUACUGGGGUGCUGGCGGUGCUGCUGCUGCCGGUGCUGCGGGUGGUGCAGGCGGGAAUGGGGGGGUGGAUGACAACGCGAGUCUGUCUGCUGUGGCGCUACAGAUGGGGUUCGAUCGAAAUGCGUCAGCCAAGGACUUGCAAGCGUUGGCUGAUCUUGCUAGGGAGUCGGGCAAUGGGUCGGACUGGCACAAGCAGCUAAGGCCGGGGUGCCGCGACGGGCAGUUUCGAAAUGUUUUGGCGCGUGUGUUGGACGGGAAUGCGGUGAGGCGAGAGAUCGUGGAGAAUUAUUUGGAGCAGAUGCCUGGGUCGGCCAGUGUUGGGGAGGAGGAGAGCGAGAUUGUGCCGUUCAGUGGCUGCAUGGGGCUCGUGCGAGGGAACUCGGCUGUGAGAGGGAACUCGGCACAGGUUCAUCCCACAGGCGUGGACCUAGCACGGAGCGACUCGGCACGUGCUGACUCGUCACGGCGUGAUUUGCCACGUGCUGACUCAGCACAGUUGGACUUAGCCGGAGGUGACUCAGCACGAGCCAAGAGCGGGCUGCCAGGCGUGGGUGGGGCGGACAGAGAGGAAGCAGACGCAGAGGGAGCGGUGCGGGCGAUAGGCCGGGACAGCAGAACCACAUCUGCUUCCCGCGCUGCUCUCGCUGCCGCUGCCGCUGUGGGAGGGGGAGGGGGAGGGGGAGGGGGAGGGGGAGGGGGAGGGGGAGCAGCGAGCAAUAGCAAGCAGCAGAAGCCCAAGUCAGCGAGUUUCCAGAUGCUGCAGGAGGCGCUGCAGGGCAUGUCUCUGCUGGUGGUGGACGACAACCUAGUGAACCGCAAGGUGAUAGGGCGCAUGCUGCAGCGGUACGGCGUGGGGGUGGAGAUGGUGGAUGGCGGCAGGAAGGCCAUUGAGAGGCUCGUCUCGGGCGGGUGGGACAUCGACUGCAUUCUCAUGGACGUGCAGAUGCCAGAGAUGGAUGGGUGCGAAGCAGCAGCUGCCAUCCGGAAGCUAGAAGGGGAGAGGCGGAUGGAGAGAGAGGAGAGGGCACAGAGGGCGGAACAGGCAGAGAGGGAGGAGAGGGAGAGGUUGGAGGAAGCUGAGAGUGGGAGGGCGGAGAGAGAGGGAGAGAGUGGGAGGGAGGCUGUGCCAUCUCCGAUGGUGCAAGUGAGGGCCGCCCUUCCCGUUUCAGCACGAGACACAUCAGCAGCGGCACCAAAGACGGGAUUACCAGGGUCAUUGGCAGCAGCAGCAGCAGCAGCAGUGGCAGCAGCAGAGAGCACGGGAGGAGCUGUACCUAAGCCGCUCACGCCUCCCACCGCUCUGUACCUCCCGAAAUCGCCGAUGCACGCCCCGACACACACUCGCUCGCCCUCGUUCCAAGGCCGCACGUCCGCCUCCCCACUGCAGCUUCUCAGAAGCAACCGGCACCGACGGCACAUGAGCAGUGGGGAUUUGGACGGCCUAGGUGCGGGUCUCUGCACCCCCUCCUCACAGGCUGCUAUGCAGUCUGCAGCAGCAGGGCACAGGCACACGCCAUCUCCUAAGGAUGGGCACAGGCACACACCAUCCCCCAAGGAUGGGCACUUGGGAAUGAAGCUCAGCCCAGGCCUGAAGGCUCGGCAAGCUGCAGCGGAUAACAGUCCGAACCUAAAGGCCGAGCCAUCUGCAGCAGCACACAGCCCGGCACAAAGCGGUGGACCCAGGCCUAGAGCAGUGGCUGUUAUUAGCCCUAAGGAGGGGCCCCAGGGGGAGGUGAGACCUGGGGUGGGUACUCCCAAGGAAGGGGUGUUCUCUAAGUGGGUGGAGUUGACUAGUCCCACGUGGGGUAGGCAGCAGGUUUUGGAGCAGCAGCCACUGCUGGUAGAGGAGGCGAAGCAGGGCGGGGAGGGAGGGGUGAAGCGGGGGAGUCAGGUUCGGCAAGGGAACGAGCAACACCAGCAAAGGCAGGGUGUGCAGGAGCGGCAGGUGCAGAAACAGCAGCCGCAGCCGCCGCAGCAGCAGAGACGAGUUCCAGAAGUGGAUAGGGUGUUGAUAUUUGCGUUGACUGCAGAUAUUGGUGCGGGAACGAGGGAGCGGUGUGCACGGGUGGGCAUGGAUGGGUAUAUGACCAAGCCUGUGGAGGAGGAGCAGCUUUGCCGUGUUAUGCUGGGCCCUCUCAGGUUGCGGAGGCAAAUGAAAAUGGGAGAAAAAACUGGAGAGUAG